ACAAGCUGCUUCCGUGGUUUCCACAGCAACCGUUUUGCUAGUCUCAAACAAAGUAGCCUAACUCACGGUUCGCUAUACAACCACAUUAAAAGUGUUCAGCUAGCCCGCAUUUUAUAGUUCGCUGCCGACCCGAGAGACAGACAGCUCUAGUCAGUGCUGUGGGCUGAACGCUUGGCUGAAGCUGAAAAGGAUCCUCUCUGUAGCGGCAUCUGUGAUGAGCCACCAUGGUACAUCUGACCAUAGAUCUGAUUGCUAAAUCUAGAAACCACUUCAAAAAGAAAAGGGGCCUCUCCUUCCCAGAGUACCUGAAAACACUUACCCACCUCCACUUUUCCAGCAAGAAUAUUGAAGACAUUGGUGACCUCUCCAUGUGCAGAAACCUCACUGUCCUUUACCUGUAUGACAAUCAGAUCACACACAUUUGCAACCUCGGCUUUGCCUCCAACCUUACCCAUCUGUAUAUGCAGAACAACAACAUCACUCAUAUAGACAAUCUCUCUAAUCUGCAGAUGCUCUCCAAACUGUAUCUUGGUGGAAAUAGGAUUGCGGUGGUAGAGGGCUUGGAGCAGCUCAGUGAGCUCAAGGAGCUUCAUCUGGAGAAUCAGAGGCUGGCACCAGGGGAAAAGUUGCUCUUUGACCCCAGGACUCUCCUCUCACUCGCUGAGUCUCUUUAUGUCCUGAAUAUCAACAACAACAAUAUUGAUGAUAUCAGAGACCUGGCAGUACUGAAGGAACUCCAGCAUUUCUCUGCUGCUGACAAUAAAUUGCACAAUAUGGAGGAGUUAGAGGAUGUGUUCAACCACUGGCCUCAGCUGCUUCAAAUGGAUCUGAGUGGAAAUCCUGCCUGUAAAAAACCAAAGUACAGAGACCGCCUGAUUACCGUAUGCAAAAACCUCGAGGUUCUGGAUGGAAGGGAAAUUAAUGAGUUAACCAGACAGUUCCUUAUUAACUGGAAAGCAUCCAAAGAAGCCAAGAAGAAAAAAAACAACACACACGCACUGACACCGUUGAUCCCCUAUCCCUUAACAAAUGACUUUAACAUGGGUCAGGGUCCACAUCCUGGUCAAAUCUACAGCCACGCUAGCAUGCAGAAGUGGAAACCGCAGCAGUCUCUCAGGGCGCAAAAAUUAAAGAUUCCUAUGAGUGGGCUUCUCAAUCAUGUGGCCAUCCCCUCAGCCAUCUGCAGUCACAUGGACGCUUAAGACAAACCUACCAGUAUGAUGAACUCUCUCUCUAACAGUGCUACUGCUUUAUUUAGACACCUUGGUCAUAACAGCUGCUGAUCUUUUAUCCUUGUAUAAUAAUCAAGUCAGAGAACAGUCACUGUCAUCUGCUUGGUGUGAUAUGUAAGCUCUUUAGAGUCACUGCAAUAUUCUUGACCUAGUGGAUUAUUAUUCUGCCUUGCAUGGUUUCAAAAAAAUGACUUUUUUGUUGUCACAACAUAUGUUCAGAUGUUUUGAUUUACUAAAUCUGCAUCAUUAUAAAUUGGUUAAUAAGGCUGAAAUAGACUGCUAUUGUUAGAAACAAUUUAACAAUAAAACAAUGAAUGAA